UGGGUUUCUCGUGUAGAAAUAACUUCCGUUUUGCGAUAAGAAAAAAUGUUGAGUUUAGUUUGAGGAAUAUACGUUUUGAAGUCUAAAUUCUUACUUGAUUUUGUACUAAACAUUACUGGAUAAUAGAGUAAUUAAUAUUAAUUGAUUAUUUCACCGAGCUAUGCAAAUAUGUCGUCAGCAAGAGCAAUUCCGAAGCCGUCGCCACAUAAAUCGUUAUGGGAAGAAGAUGAUGUGUUAUAUACACAGAGGUCAACCAGUAAGAGUUUGCCUGUUCCAAUUAUGAAAAGGGAUGUUGUGCCAGUGAAAAAGGAACAAACACUUUCACAACUAGAUCAACAAACAUGGACAGAAUGGAAAGGAUUUUCUAAACAGCUUGAUGAACUGACAAAUUGGUUGUCUGACACCGUCAAACAGUUAGACAGCUGGAAAAUGCCCUCGGAUAACGUCUUCAGUUUACGUGUUCAACUUGAGAAACAUUUGGCUUUUGCGCUGCAGAUUGAAACCCAUCAGCAAGAAAAGGAGAAGGUCAUCACUUCAUCAAAACACUUCAGUGGUUUCACACCACUGCAGCCAUAUCUGAAUCAGACAAUCAACUAUAUUGAGAUGCAGUGGAAAGGUCUGAAGAAACAGCUUCAAAAACAGCAUAAACAAAUUGAAGAGGCCCUCACCGUUGCAGAGAUGUGCAUUUCAAAUGGUUCACUUGACAUUUUUGAGGGGGACAGUCUGACAUAUGAACAAACACAAGAUGUUCUUGAUCAAAUAGGUCUGCGACUGAGAAGCCAGAAAACCAGUUUUAAAAUGAGUGAAGAACUAAAGGUCGAAGGUGAAACAGAAAGCCAGCUAUUUGGCAAAGGAGUUGGCAGUGGAGCCAAUAGCGGACUGAUGGAUUCUGGAUACGGUUCAUCGCCUGAUUUUGAGGUACUGUAUGAGGAGUUGAAUGAAUGGUUAGAGGAAAUGCAGGGAGUCCUAACAGAGACCAACAAAGCAUCGGUGUCACAUGACAGGAAGGAACACAUGAGUAAGAGUUACGAUAGCGAACUCCAGAUACAUGACAUCACAAGAAGUUACUUGGAAGACAAAGCUGUAUGCAUGAAGACUUCACAACAGACGUCUAAUGCAGGCGAUAAAAUGACCAAUGUCAAUACAAAGUGGCAGAAGUUAGAAAGAAGUAUCUCUUGCAGUGAAAGUAAAGUGCAGGAUUCUAAUCAGCUAGAUAACUCAGCAGUCAAUUUUGAAGAAGAGACACCUGUAGAGAAAGAAACCUCUAUCGGAGAAAUAGAGGAGAUUUUCUCCAAGCUGAAGGGAUGGUUAACAGAGACGGAAUGUAAGCUGUUUGCACCUGAGAGCAGGAGGUGUCUGGGAGAUGUGACGCAUCUGGAGAGGAGACUUGAUUUACACAAGGCUAUUCAAGAGGAAAUAAAUGACCACAGUGAAAGUGUUGAUACUGUACUUGCCUUGUGUGAUGCUUUGCAAGAGGACAACGAUAGUGGUGCCACCGAGAGAGAGAAGGAACACCUGCAGUUGGCAGCUAUCAAUCUGGAGCGUCGGUGGGAUGCCAUCCAAUCUCAGUCAAUUGAUCUGCAGUGUGGUCUUGAUGAAAAACUCAGAGUUUUUAAGGGUGUCUUUAGUGCAAAAAUCACAAAAGACCCAUUGGAAAAAUCCUCAAGUGAAAACUCUAUGAAAGAUGAUGCUGAAACUUCAGCAACUUCAAUUCUCAUUGCGCCAUCCAAGUUCUAUGGAACUCCCCGAGCAUAUCGUCCAACUAAAUCGCAAGACGAUGUGGCCAUCUACAGAUCAAACGAGAAGUACACAAGUCCGUAUGCCGUCAAUUAUGAUGAAAUUUUGAUGAUUCGAGAAGCGUUCUCUGAGAAUGAUGCUUUCAGUAUUAGUGACAUCUCUGAUGUUGCAGAAGAUGACUUUGAAUUUGAUGACGUUCUGCCCUUAAAGAGGUCAGAAAUGUCAAAGGAAUUGUCAAGUGAUGAGGAAGGAGAUCUGGACAUCAAGGAUCUCUCAACAUGCUCUCCUAUUGUUACAAUCCCAAGAAGAUGUUCUCCAACUGUUGAAGGAUCCACAUCUGAUGUCGAAUUCUGGUCAGUGUCACCAAAAGAUGAAAACAUGCUGGAUGGAUUGAGAAGAAAUGAGGUUCAGCCUAAAAUAAUCAAAGCAAAGCAAUCAGACCCUAUUGCAGAUUUUGAGGUUCUUGAGGAAUUUGAUAGCAUGACAGAUGCCUCACAAGAUAGUUUCAACAAUGUCUUCAUUCUGCCACUAUUCAAUCCAGAUGAAGAUAAUGACCUGAUGGCAGAUGAUGAAGAAAUUCUGUCCAUGAUCAGUGACUUUGAAGCAGAUAUGGAAAAUGCAGUUGAAAAUGUCAAAGCUGAUCAUCUGAUAGCAGAAAUUAAAGAGGUGUUCCCAAUUGAAGCUGAGACAGAGUGUAGUACAGUCAUUGAAAGGUCAAGUUACAAGGUACCUUGCUUCACCUACACUGAAAGUUCUCCGAACACAAACAACAACAAUAAUAAAGAUGAAGACAGUAGCAGUGAUGAAGAGAAUGAAGUCAUGAUGACUAAUGAACCUGUCCUAACCAACCAAGAACAAAGUGAUGAAGUUAACAUGUUUGAUAUUUGCCCAUCACAUGCCGGUACCAAAGGGGAUGCUGGUCUGGACAGAUCAAAAUGUGAUUGCUCUGGAGAUGAGUCACCAGAGUCAAAGUCUUUCCGGUGCUCUAAAGGAACUCCAGCAACAGUAUAUCACAAUUUGACUGUCUCACCAGACAUCGCCAGAGAACCACAAGAAAUUAAAGGCUUUAAAUGUCCAGCAUUUGAUCCACUGUCCAUUAAAUCACGUAAUGUGUCAGACAUGCGGAGAAGGUUCUCAAGUUCGUCAACCACCAAACAUGAUGAUCUGAUGGAGAUCAGUGACAUAAGCUUAGUGCAUAUGAUAGAGUCUGUCGAUCAUGCCACCCUUCUUGCAAAUUCUCUAUGUCAUUUUGGAAGAAACACUACAACUGUUGAAGGUACUGAUAGUAUACCACAAUCAGAAGAUAGAAGCUGUGAACCAACAUCCAAUGACACAGAAAAAGCUUCGGUUGAACUGGAACAGAAAGAAAGUGAUGUUGAAGACCAAAUAAAAGGAGGUGAGAAGCAGCAGAACCAGAAUGUAGCAGAGGAGGAGGAUGAAGACUUUGAUUCUGUGUGCACCACUGACACAUCAGAAUUACUUGAGGCUCUGGAAGAUGUCAUGGAUGAAUUAGCUCAGUUGGGGAAUGAACAAGUUGGAGACUUGGAUCUGGAACCUCUUAUUACUGAUGUUUAUUGUUCUCAUCAAUCAGUUGACCUAAGAAGCAAGGAUUGUUUUGGCAACAGUUCUGCAUACUCCCAGACGGAUUCCAUGGAUAGCGGAAUUUUUACAGGAAAUGAAACGUGUACCGAGUCAACAAGUACUUUACCAUCUCUAGAAGAAAUGACAAAUGAACAAGGAACACCAGAAAAUGAUGGAAUAAAUGAAGAUGAUGUCAAUUAUGAGAUUGAAGAGGAUGAAAUAGACAGGGAUGUAAAUGAAGAAGACCUGAUUAGUGAAGUCGAAGAACCUGUGGAUGAGGACUUCGACCAAUAUAAAUACGACGAUACUUCAAGUAAAGAGAGUACGCCUGGUUAUAUGCCCCUUGCACGCCGGGUCGUCAAAUAUGCUCUCCCGAUACAGAUAUUAUUGUCUGUGUAUAUGAUCCUCAUCCUGGUUAUCCCCGCAGUCAUUGAGACAUCCGGUUGGGAAUGUUCCUUGUCCAUUAAUAACAAGGCAUUCUUCGAAAGCCUGGCUUGGAAUCCUGUACUUAAGUACAUUAAGGGGCCGCCUCCAAUGUAGAUUUAAAUAUACUGUAAUAAAUUAUAUAUGAAUUUAUUUGUAAAUAUUUGAAAGCUAUGCUCUCUUUAAAUUUGUCACAUUAUGUGUAUGAAUCAAUUUUUAAAUACUGUAUCUUUAGUUUAAUUUAUUAAAGGAAUGCUAUGUCAGCAAUAGUUUAAAAUUUGCAUGGUUAAUUUCUCCUUUCUCAAAAAUAAUUAUUGAUUACAAUAGAAUUUUCAAGUUGGCCUACAUCUUGUGAAUGGAGACCUAGUUUGGAUGAUACUGUGGCCUGUAUUUUGUCUCCCAUUCAAUGAUCCCUUACAAUCUGAGAUGAGCGCGUGGUCAGAAGCGCUUAAGGAGAAUGCCGGCCAAUGAUGAGCCAAUAUACGAAUGUAUUUUGCCUGUUAAUGAGAUAUGCAUCAAGACUCUGAAAGCCUGGCUAAUGGCUACCUACUGUUCCACCGAAGAUACCUAACGCACGACCCUAAUUUUAGCAUUGUGUACUAACAUUAAUUCAUCAUGCAUUCAUCUACCCAUUGUGUGCUUUACUUUCAACUUAUCAUUUCGUGCUUAGUUCAUCUGGUCAUCGCAUGCUUUAAUUCACCUACUGAUUUCUUUGCGUAGUUCACCUAUUUAUCGUCAUCCUUCUAGCUUAUGCAGCGAGACAUCUCUGUUUAUGUACGGCCUGUGUAUCAGUCAUUUUGCGUUAACUCAUGCUUUCUGCUAGCUUGCUGGCUGUCAUUGUCAAUUUUCCUCUGCUUCUGCAAUCCUGACUUCUCUUCCUUUACUUAAUGGUACUGACCAAGCUAAAAAAUUUCCUCUGACGAACAUUGUCAAGUUCGAGAGGUGCUCAGAAUUGAUAUUGCCAAAAUUAAUAGCAUGCAUUUCUUUUGAAAUAUAAUCACGUUUUGUGUUUAACAAAUGCUUUUAUUUUUAAAUUUAUUUACGGAUUGGGUUUGGUAAUCUCUUUAUUUUAUUUCCAAUAUAUAAUACUCUAUUAAUCUUUGAUAUAGCAUGUGUAAUUUAAUUUUUAUAUCCAAUCAUCCUUCCCUUUUCUUUCACAUGCAAUUUCUGUUAACAUCCUUGGUCCAUGACAAUGCACAUAUGUUUUAACUUUAUAUCAAUUUCACUCAAAUUUACUUACUCUCCUUGAAAUUUAAUAAUAGUAAUACCAUGCUUAAUCUCCAAUCUUUCUAAUGUGUGCUCUGUAUUCAGAUUAACACCAUAUUCAUCUAUGAUAUCUUAUUAAUAUGUUUCGCUUAUUGCUACUAAUUGUUGUACCUUACUAAUGAAUGAUUAAGGUUCUUCUUGUGUGGUAGUAGAUGAUGCCAAAUAUAUGUACCGCUUGCUGGUUUUGUUGCAUAUUUCUAAAAAAAAUCAGGCAUGCAUUCUCUGUUGGUUAAUCAGGCUGGCAUUUCUUAUAGCACUUCUGAAUCAGGUAAGUAAAUUGUGUAUUAAGUAUCAUAUGAAUGGAACAAUAUGCAGGCGAACAUUACACGAUAAAUACAGGUAUUCAGGGAUGUAGAGAAUACUUCUCGGCAAUUCUCGAGGGCCCAGUCUGAAUACAGCUAACCAUAAACGUGAAAUAGCUGUCAGAUUAACAAGUCGUCCACAUCAACGACAAAUCACUAAUGGUCAAUUUCAAAUAAAUUACAUUUUGGAUCUGUUUUAGAAGGAAAUUCAUAUACUAUUGCUUACAUACAGUAUACAUUUUUCAAUCAAUUUGCUCCAGCUGUUUCAAUUUAUAUGUAGUCGACUUUUGAAACUAGUUCUUUUAUUAAGUUCUGGUAUAGUGUACAGUAUUGUGAAAUAUGUUGGUUUUCAAUGUGCAUGUAUUCUAUUUAUGAAAUCAUUCUUUUAUUAAUAUUUGGUUUAAAGUAUUGUGUAAUAUAUUAUUAUAGCUGAUAUUAUAGCAACUUACAAUACAAGUUUAACAGGGUUUAU